AUGUUUCUCCCUAUCCAAUGCAGACCGCUCGGCUCAUGGGAUAAAGCAAAACUCUACAAUGCCUGCAAAGGCAACUUGGACUUUAUACAACGACUUAAAUUGGAAAGGAAACUUGAGGUUCAUAAUGGUUGUGUAAAUACAAUAUGCUGGAAUGAUAGUGGCCAGUACAUUUUAUCUGGUUCAGAUGACCAGUACCUGGUCAUCACUAAUCCUUUUGACGGCAAAAAACUUACUUCAAUUCGUUCUGGUCAUCGGGCAAAUAUCUUUAGUGCCAAGUUUUUGCCUAAUUGUCAUGACAAAGAGAUUGUCUCCUGUUCUGGUGAUGGCAAGAUUUUUUACACAAACACAGAACGAGAAGACAUGUAUGGCACCAAUUGCUUUGACUGCCAUUUUGGUACCACAUAUGAGGUGGUGGUUGUCCCAAAUGAAUCCUCCACAUUUCUUUCAUGUGGCGAAGAUUGCACUGUCAGGUGGUUUGAUCUACGCAUGAAAACUAAAUGCAACAAAGAUGAUUGCCGAGAUGAUGUUAUGAUUUUUUGCCAACGUGCUGUAACAUCAAUGGCAGUCAACCCUAUGGUGCCCUAUGAGCUGGGGAUAGCCUUGUCUGAUAGCACAGUGUUGAUUUUUGACCGCAGAAUGCUGGGAACUAGGGCCACAGGAAACUAUACAACUAAAUUCACUACAGGGUUGACCUGUCGAUUCACAGCUUCGACUCUGAAGAACCGAAAUUAUCGUAUCACAUCACUUUGUUAUAGUCCUGAUGGCAAUGAGAUGCUUGUCAGUUACUCCUCAGAGUAUAUUUAUUUAUUCAAAACUCGGGGGGAAGAGGGUAGAAGUACCUGUCUAAUGGCAGAAGGUGUCUCUUGUGACACUGGAAACAGACAGCCUCCUAUCAAGAGGCUACGUUUGCGUGGUGAUUGGUCAGACACUGGGCCAAAUGCAAGGCCUGAAAGAGAACGGCAAUCUGGGGAAGGACAGCGCAGUCCACAUACAACAAUAAUGCAGCGUAUGUCAGACAUGCUGACUAGGUGGCUGGAUGGGAGUCUACGUAACACUGAGGAAGGAGAGCAGCCAUCUGCGUCAUCAGCUGAAAUUCCUUCAUCCAGCAACCUGACAGAUGUUAUGGCAGCUUCAGCAGCAACUCCUCCUUCAGCCCCAGCCCCAGCUAACCCACCAGAGGGCAGCUCCAAGGACACAGGUAACAUUAUGGAUAACCUCAGUGGAGAUAUGAUGCCAGCCAUGGAUACCACUCCAGGUUCACCUGCUAAUGUUCUAACCCUGCAGCCUGGGCUGCAUGAGUCUGCAGUGGAAGCUAAUCCGCUGCCCACUGGAGAUUCAUGUCCUACGUUGGCAACCAAAGGAGACACAAAUUCAACAGCUCAGUCUACAGUUCGGCCACAUUCAGAACUUCGUCCAAAACCAUCUUGUAGUUUUGAAGAUCCUAGUACAAUUAGCAUCCCAUCUACCUCGAGCACAGAUGACCUUGUGGCUAGCCUCCCACGUUACUCCACACCUGACCCCAAUGUCCCGUCUAUCUCGUCAGAAUGUUCAGGAUUCACUGGGAUCAACAGUAAUAUCAGAACAAAGGUUCGCCUUAAUUCAGCUACAGACAAAAGCAAUAUCCAAGAAAGCACUGCGGUACACGCUAGUGUUCCAUUGGACUCUGAACACCGACAACCAGCAGAACAAUCUAGUAGUAGCCAAUGUAAUAUAGUAGAUGAUAGUUGUAGCAUUGUCAAAAACAGGUCUGACCUGCAAGCAAACAGCUUGACUGAAAGUCAGCUAAAAGAAUCUCUACCAACCAUUUCCAGCAGACAAAUGCAGACUUCGUCCUCCUCUGCACAAAGUGGGACUGCUCAUGAACCUAGCAUUACUCCAGAGAACACAACUAUUACUCCACCUGCUCCUCAUCUUUCUCAUCAACCAGUAGCUUCAACCUCAGUUGCCUCACUUCCGCCAUUGCAAUCCUAUCUUCCACCUGUUCGUAUAGAGCCUGUGAUAAGCCUUCAUUAUGAAACCGAGGGCACUUCUAGCAGCACAAUCCGUGUUGGCUUUGCAGCCUUUGAGAACCUUGAGGCUGGCAUUCUUGAGCGGAGUGCAGAGAAUGCUUCCCUCAGCCAGCUGGGCACAUCGGGUAUGCCAGGUCAGCUGACCAUGCCAGCCAAUGAGAACCCAGUUCACACUUCAAUGGAGAUUGAGAAAGAAACUCCUGCCUCCAGCACUAAUGAAUCCAACAAGUCCGAAACCAAUUGUAAAUCCUCCUCCUCCCCUAGUCUUUCAUCAGGUUUUCUAGACAACAGAUCUCAAGGGAUCUCUGAAAGUGAUCCAGUCCCACCCCCGGCACCGCUGCUGGACAGCGAGGGGUUAAAGAUUGAAACGAGUGAUUCUAACUGUGAUCAGGCAGCAGAAAGCAGUGGCCAUGGCCUGAAUGAGGCAGUGGCCAGCAAGGAGUCAGCCCAUAGCAGUGGUGUACGAGAUGAUAUGAGUUCAGCAUUUUGCACAGUGGGUUCGAAAAGGAAGGGCAAAGGCAGCAAGAGCACUGUGGCCAGUGGAGGAACAAAUGAGCCUGACCAGUCAGUGACAUCUGGCCAUGAGGCAGACAUCUGUGAUACAACUGGAGCAAUGGCUGCUUUUGCUGAGUUCAGUGCUGAUGAAGAGCAAAUGCGACGAUCAUCAAAUUCUAAUGAAGCAGAUCAGUCAAGCAACAUCUCUGAAAUGUUUGCUUCUGGGAGUGCCUCAAAUGUGACUGAAAAUGUCCCAAAUGAAGAGGAAAGCAGUGAUGAUGAACUGCUCUUCCGGCCAAGUCGAGGUGGACGGGGAGCGCGAACGGAUGGCAAUACAAGCAGGGAAGCAAAGCGGAAUGUGGCUAAAUCCAGACUGCAAGAAUAUUAUCGACGACAAAAGGAAGAACGUCUUAAAGAAGAACAAGAAGCCAUGAACCGUGUCUUCCAAGCAACUAUAAAAACAAAGUUCAAAGGUCAUCGGAAUGCAAGAACAAUGAUAAAAGAAGCCAAUUUCUGGAGUGAUAAUUUUGUAAUGAGUGGUUCUGAUUGUGGCCAUAUUUUUUUCUGGGAUCGUUUCACUGGCCGCUUGGUGAUGCUAUUGGAGGCUGACCGACAUGUUGUUAACUGCCUUCAACCUCAUCCAUUCUAUCCGAUCUUGGCUUCCAGUGGAAUCGACUAUGACAUUAAAGUGUGGCAACCUCUUGAAGAACAUCCAAACUUUGAUGAGCGUAAAGCUGAAGAGAUUAUGCAUCGAAAUGAAAUCAUGCUGGAUGAAACCCGUGACACAAUCACUGUACCAGCAGCCUUCAUGCUCAGGGUUCUGGCCUCCCUCAACCAAAUCCGUUCUGGUCGUGCAUCUGGUCGUGAGGAUCCCAACUCGUCAAUGAGAGACGGCGCAGAGAGCGAGAUCAUUCUUCUAUUUGCUCUUUCUCUUCCCUACUCUCAUUCAAGACAUCUUUUCUCUACCUCUUAUUUUCUAUCUCUCCCUCCACCUUGA